UUAUUAUCAACAUUAGAUUUCACUGGUGCUUCUGUUGUUGUUGGUUGUUGUUGUUGUUGUUGUUCUUGUAGAGGAAUCAAAAAGGUGUGUCCUCUUAGAACUAUAUUCACUACCCAUAAGGAUAACACUAGUUAUUACAUUACCCCAGCUAGUUUACAAUGUCUAUUCAUAUGUAUUAUUAUCAUUAUAGUUAAUACAAUGACAAGCAUAAUACAUUAUAAUGAAUCAUAACAAUACGAAUAAAUAGAACAAUUAACAUUCAAUUGUUUCAAACUGUUUAAGGAAAAAAACGUAAGUAACUAUUCAAUACAUGUACAAUAGACUUUACACAAUAUCAGCUCCUAUCAGUCUGUCAUUCAUUCAAUUUAAAACAUUGAUUAACAGUUAUAUCAUUUAUAAAGUAAUUCACCAUGAAAGCUGAUCCAUCAUACAUAGAUCUUCUUUCACCUUGUCCUAUUUAUCCUAAUCCAAUGUUAGCAUUUAGUUCAAAUAUACAAAAUUCAGGAAAUUUAUUUUUAUCAGAUAUUUAUAAAGAUUUAAAACCAAUUAGUUGUAAUGGAGUUACCGUAACAACAAAAGCAACACCACCCCCACCACCCCCACCCUCACUACCUCCACUAUCAUCCCUAACAACAACAACAAAUUGUACAUCAGUACUUGGUGAAAUAACAACAUCAUCAACAUAUACAUCAUGUUUUCCUACUGGCUACUAUUCGUCUUCUAAUUCCUCUUUAAUCUCAUCAGUAGAGAUAUCGGCAACACCGGUAACAUUCAAUAAUGAUACAUCAUCAAUAAUCAUGAUAAAAAUUUUUUAUUUAUUAGAAACUAUAUGUCGAUCAAAACAUUUGAUAUACGAAGAAAAAUUAAAAAUUCUUAUGAAUAUAGCUGAAUAUGUAAUAAAAUUUUAUGAAUAUUUAACAAAUUCAAGUAUCAAUGAUCCAGUUUCAGAUUAUGAAACUCCACUGAAUCUGACACAACCAAAACUAUUGAAUAAAGAGACAAACAUCAAUGUAUCUCCUUCGUUUGCAUCAUCUCAGUCAUCGUCAUCCUCCUCCUCAUCAUCCUCAUCCUCAUCUUCUUCCAUCCUUUAUCAUUUCAAUCAACAGAAUUCCCCUGAUCAAUCAAUGAAACCUGAUAAACAAUCACUUUCAUUAUCAACACCAAAUAAUAAUACUUCAACUAAUUUAGUAAUUCCAAUACCACAGCCUAUACCUUGGUUACAAAAAUCAGAUCAAUUAUCAAAUGGAUCAAAUAGUACCUCAAAUAAUAAUAAUAAUGGUAGUAAUGUGGCAUUUCCUGAAACAAAUUUAACUUCAUCAUUGAAUUGGUUAUCAACAUUAUCAGGUGGUAAAGAAUUACCAAAUUGGUUAUUAGAACAGAUUAUACCAACUAAUGAAAAGAUGAAUAUCAAUUCAAUUUCACAAUCAAAUAAUGUAAUUACUGAAACAAUGUUAAAUUAUUUAAAAUUUUAUUAUUCAAGACUUUCAACAAAUGAGAAUCCAUAUGAUCACCAUGAUCAUCAUCAUCAUGAUCGCCAUCAUGAUCUUCAUCAUCAUGAUGAUCUUCAUCAUGAUCAUCAGCAUUUAUCUCAACAACAAAUUCAAUCACAAAUGGAACAUAUCAUUCAAAUGAAAAAAUUACUAAAAUUAUCUAAUCAUGAAUAUACUACUGAUAAUCAACUACUAAUAAAUAAUAAUAAUAAUAAUAUUGAUUUUAUUGAUAAAACAUCUACUAUACAAAAAUCAAUUAAUCAAUUACAUGAAAUAAUUGAUCAAACCAAAUUUAAAUUUAAUAAAGAAUCAAUAAUGCCAGCAACAGUAACCAUGCAAACAUCAUUAUCAGAAAAUAAUGUAACUAAUCAUAUUUCAUUCAAUGGAUCAAUAGUUAAUCAGAAUGAUAAUCAUAAUAAUAAUAACAAUCAUUCAAUGUCAUUUUUAAAUGCUUCUCUUCCAUCUUCAAUGUAUUUGUCGCCAUCAUCAUCAUCCUCAUCAGCAUCAGCGGCGGUAGCAGCAGCAGCAGCGGCAGCAACCGUAUUAGGACUUUCAUCGUCUUUGGAAUAUCCUUAUUCACAUCAAGUUAAUACAAUCAAUCAUUCUUUUGAUAAUAAUAACAAUAAUAAUAGUAUUCUAUCAUUUAAUCCAAAAUUAAAGUCUAUUUCCGAAACCAAUAAUGAUACUAAUAAUCAAUUCGGUUUUUCAUUACAAUCGAUUUAUAAUAGUAAUGGUACUAAUGGUUAUAGUAUUGAUUUAUUUAGUAAUAAUAAUAAUAGUAAUACUAUUAAUAGUAUUAAUAAUAACCCAGCAACUACCAUUGUCAUGGAUACCAAGUUGUCAAUUACACAAACACCAAUUAAUAAUCUAUCAUCAUUGAUUACUACUACUAAUAAUAAUACUAAUUCAAUAUUAAAUGAGAACAAUUCUAAUUUAUCAUUAUCUAAUGGAAUAACAUAUAAUCAAUCAAUAUUUUAUAAUCCUACCAUCAAUACUACUAAUAAUGAUAAUGAUAGUAGUAGUAGUAGUGCUACUACUACAAGUACUACUAUUACUACUACUACUACUACUAAUAGUGGUAGAAAUCCAAAAUAUAAUGAUCCAUAUACAUAUACAUUAACACAGAAUUCAAAUGAUUUAACUAAACAACAUAUUACAUCAUCCUUAUCAAAACUUACACCUUUCAAUUUAAUCAAUAAAUUAGAUCCUAUAAAUGUAAAUUUAAAUUUAAUCAAUACUAUGAUCCCAUCAAAUGAUCCUAAUCAUCAUCAUCAGCAUCAUCAUGAUCAUGAUCAUGGGAUCAAUCAAAAUACGACUACUAAUGAUGAAGAUGAUAUUAGUAUUCAUAGUAAUAAUAGUAGUAUAAGUGAAAAUGAUCUUAUUUCUAAUAAAUCAUCUCUGUCUAUUAAUUAUGAUGAUAAUAAUAAUAAUAAUAAUAAUAUAGAAAUGAUUAAAUAUGAAAAAAAUAAUCAAUAUCCAAUUAAUCAAUAUCAUCAUUAUAUGAAUCAAUCAAUAAAAAGAAAGAAAAAGUUAAAUUAUUCUAAUCAAAAUGAUGAAAUGAUAGAAGAGAAUGAAUUCAAUUAUGACAUUUAUCAAAAAACUCAAUCGAUUCAACCAUAUCAGACACAAAUGAAAUCACAACGUACAAUUAAAUCAAAUCCUGAUCAACAGAAUGAUAAAUCAUCUUCUCAUAUUAAACGACCAAUGAAUGCUUUCAUGAUAUGGGCAAGAGAUGAAAGAAGAAAAAUUUUAAAAGCAUGCCCUGAUAUGCAUAAUAGUAGUAUAUCUAAAUUUCUCGGAGCCAAAUGGAAAUCUAUGAGUGCUGAAGUUAAACAACCAUAUUAUGAAGAACAAGCUCGAUUAAGUCGUCAACAUAUGGAAGAACAUCCAGCUUAUCGUUAUAGACCACGUCCAAAGCGUACAUGUAUUGUUGAUGGUCGAAAAUUACGUAUAUCUGAAUAUAAAGAAUUAAUGCGUUCAAGAGGUGAUUCAUCACGUAGACAAUGGAUUGGUUCAACAGAUGAACAAGCUCAAAAAAUUGUAGAAGAUAUUUUAGAUAAUACACUAUCAUCUAUACCACAAUUAAGUCCAUCAUUAAGUCCAAUGAAUGAAUAUGAUAGAGAGUUAUUAUCUUCUAAUAAAAAUGAUAAUAUCAUUCAAACUAUACCAAUGAUCUAUUCAGAACAAUCUAUCAUGACGAAAAAGGAACAAAUUAAAGAAGAAGAAGAAGAAGAAGAGAAAGAAGAAGAAGAAAAACAACAACAAAAGAUUAAAAAAGAAAAUGAUUCAAUACAAAUAUUCAAUAAUAAAACGGAUUAUGUACUCAUAACAGAAAAUAAAGAAGAAAAAGAAAGCGAAAAAGAAAAUAAAGAAAAAGAAAGACAAGAAGAAGAAGAAGAAGAAAUCGAUAUAGAAGAAGAAUCAAUCAAAACGUGUAUAAUUGAAUUCGACACUGAUAAAGAUGAUAAUCAUAUGUGCCUUAAUAAUACAUCAAAUUCAUGA